GCAUUGUCAUUCAUCUUGCGUUUUCGUUCGUGCGACAGGUUUUGGAUUUGCAAACGAUUUUGCAAUUUGAGGCUGCAAAUUACGAAAUAAAACCGAUUUUGCUUCGGAUAUCAACACAAUUUCGGUUUUGAACACCUUUUCCCCCAAAACCAUCAACAUGGCAGCCUCGAUUUUAAGAAAUGCCUGCAGACGCAAUCUGCUGCAAAGCUACAAUCAAGCGGCGCCACUUCUGGCCGUGCGAUCGGUUACGUUGAAACCGGUUAAGGCGGAAGCCCCGUCGGACGAAUCCCACGAUGACCGCAACGCCCGAUUGAAUCGACCACAAUCGCCCCAUCUGACGAUCUAUGCCCCGCAACUGACCAGUAUGCUGUCGAUUACGCACCGCAUGACUGGAAUGGCACUGGCCGGCUAUGCCACCUUGCUGGGAGUCGGGGCCCUGGCCCUGCCGCACGAUGCGACCCACUAUCUGACCAUGCUCGAGGGCCUCAGUGCGCCGUCCCUGAUGGCGCUCAAGUUUACCCUCGCCUAUCCGUUCGCCUUCCACAGCGUGAACGGUGUGCGCCAUCUGUUCUGGGAUCUGGGCAAGUUCCUUACCAUCAAGGAGGUCUACUCUACCGGAUACACCAUGCUGCUGAUUUCCGGUGUGGUGGCUGCUGGACUUACCUUCUUGUAAAAAUCAAGGACGAAAGCUGGAACAACAAUAGAGUGCCCAGUGAUUGCAGGAUAACAUUCAAUUAUCCGAAAAAGUAGAUUUUGAUAACAUCAGAAGCUGCUUCAAAAGCGGCAUAAAAUUGGUUUACUUAAUCCGAAAUUAAACUAUUUAUUUACGACCCAGCUCUGCUUUCAAUAAAUUAUGUUUAGCUCUGUGGAAA